AUGUGCAUAGUAUUUUUCAAAAAGAAUGUUGCUAAACAAAUCAAACUCAUUGUCCUUUUUAACAGAGAUGAGUAGAUAUCAAGAGCCCAGAAAAGAUCUAACUUUGGAGUUCACUUUGGACCCUAGAAGAUUGCUUGUGCUUAUGAUCUGUAAGCAAAUGGCACUUGGUUUGGAAUGAAUCUAGACACUGGUAACUACGGAUUUCUGACUAAUUUUGAGAAGAAGCCCUAUAAAUUGAUUGAAGACCCAAAGUACAGGAAAGGUAACUUGCUAAUGGACUUUCUGAGGCAGGAGCAUAGAUUUACAAAUCCAAUGCAUUACUAAGAGCACUUAGAUGUAUUCCUGAAGGAGGGGUAGAAAUUCAAUGGUACUAAUAUUUGGCUUGGAAAUAUUCAUGAGUACAAUGCCAUUGCCUUCUCUCAUAAUUAGCAGGAGCAAGACAACUUCACCUUAAUUGAGUCAGAUGAGAUACAUGGCUACGGAAAUGGAGAAGUUCAAGAUGAGUGGUUUAAACAGAAACUUGGGAAAUAGCUGAUCUAGUAGGCGCUACAUCUAUAUAGGAAUCACUCCGAAAAAUCUUUAAUAGAUAUCCAGGAUUAAUUAGAGGAAUAAGAAUCUCAGAAGAAUAAUACUAUAAUUAAGAAUCAAAAUCAUAAUCAUCAUCACAGAAGCACUGAUAACCUUCAUAACAAUCACAAGAGUGAUUCCUAGAUGUAUCUUAAGAAUUUACUUUUCAGAGUGUCUGAAUGCAAUUACAAACCUCCAAAUCCAGAGGAUUGGAUAAACAUUUAACACUAUACAGACUAGGAGAGGUAUUGGAACUCUAGCAUCUUUCUGGAUAAGCAUGAAGAGAGACUAGGUCAUGAUGAAAUGUCUUACUAUGCAACAGUAAGCUGCUCUCUCAUGAUAGCGAGUAGGACUAACGAGUUAAAGUUUUAUGAGAGAAUAUACAACCAUGAGAAACUGCGCAAAGACUAGCUAUAUAAUGACAAUAUUGCUGAUUAAUUGAUAGGUAAAUAAAAUUCUGCUCACUUUGAUUUUUUGACCAAGGAUGAUUUUUCAAUGGUAGAUUAUUAUGAGGAUUACAUUUAUCAUCAAUUCUGA